CAAAGUCCAAUACUCUCGAAGCAAAUAUACAAGGCAAUGUUUAUACCGAUUUAUCCAAAAGUGCGCUAUUCAUUAAAGCCAGAAUUCUAAAAUCGGACGGUUCUAGGUUAGGUGAUGACGACAAAGUUAGCCCAGUCAACUUAUGGUUUCAUGCCUUAUUCAGUCAAGUAGAUUUGUAUCUAAACGGCACACUAGUAAGUUCCAGCGGCGAUCUGUACCCAUACAAUGCAUACUUUAAGACGUUCCUGAGAGGUGGUUUCACGAAGGAAAACGAAUGCCUGCUCUCAUCGGAGUUAAUGUACAGAGACACACGAGGAAGUUUUGAUGAAAUCGAUCCUGCUAGUGGCAAUUUUGGGCUUUAUCAACGCCACCAGUUUGUAAAAUCCUCAAAGUUGACAGAUAUGGUCGGGUUUUUAUUAAAUGACGCACUUGAACUGGACAGGUAUCUGAUAAAUGGAGUCACUCUCAGACUGGUUUUGACGCGAUCCAAAUCAGAGUUUUCAUUAAUGGGCAACGAGGGCCAGAUUGGAUACCAGAUUGUAAUUGAAGAUGCAUUUUUACGUCUUGUCAAACAGAAAAUAAAUGUCGGGAUUAUAGUGGCUCAUUCUAAUUUACUGAAAUCACUUCAGCCAAGUAUCCGUUUACCAAAACUAUGAUCAAAUGUGCAAACAUACCCGCCAAUCAGAAUGUGUUUGUGUGGGAUAACGUUUUGACUUCGUACAUCCCGAAAUUUGUGGCAGUGGCAUUCUGUCACACGGAUGCCGUGCUUGGAUCCUAUACAAAAAAUCACUGGAACUUUAAGCAUUACUCUCUGUCAAGGCUAACUCUCAAUGUUAAUGGUGUGUCUGUCCCUGCUUCACCCAUCACCGCUAACUACGAAAACGACUGCGUUAUGGAAGUGCACGAAAGAAUUAUAGACUACUGUAAGACAAACUCAUUUCCUAAUGCUCUGGGCAUCGACAGACGCGAUAUAAGCCGUGGAUUCGGUAUAUAUCUACUCAAUAUCCAGCCACCUGUCAGCCAGGAGCCUCACUUUAAUUUGCUUAAUAAAGUCCGGAGUCGUGCGUGUUGAUGCCCAGUUUAGCACCGUACUCCCUGAAACAACAUGCUGUUUAAUGUUCCUAGAAUGGGACGCUGCAAUGAUUGAGAUCCACGAAGGCAGAAACGUUAAACUAAAAUAAACUCGAACCUACCGCCGACCACCCCAUUUAAAGUUUAUUUAUACAGCCGAUAGAAUAAACAUUUACAGUGCUGAAGAAAUAUAUUGAUACAUGUAAUAAAUACGUACUUAUUCAAACAGUG